AUGUGCCCGACCUAUCGAACGACGACCCAACUGAAUUUCAUUCCUCCGUUCCCUUCUUUCACAGAUGAUUGGAACGUAACACUGCAGCUGCUUGACUCAGAUUCGUUCAACAUAAUGUGGAACCCAGCGGUUACUAGUCCACUAGUGGGCUACCACCUUAUUUGGUUCCAAAACAAUAUUUACAAGGGCAUCCACGAGAUCGACUCAGUUCAAACAAACUUUACCUUCAAUGAUGUCGACUUAUGUCAUUCGUAUGAUUUCAGUCUCCACGGCAUCGACCAAGCGGGAGUGCAGUUCACUCUCGGACAGGUGUUCUAUGUUGGAGGAAAACCUUCGCUCACAUUUAAAGGAAUAGAAAACCAAGUUCUCAAGCUUGACUGGUCGAUUCCUUACGAAUGUGAACCACAACGCAUACGUGUUUAUGUCGAGCAGAACCACCAACCAUGGAAAGUUGAUACACAGCUAGCCGGGAACAAAUCUGUGGCAAUAGAUGGAGCCCAACUAUGCACUAAUUAUGAAUUCAGAAGUAUUAUGCAACAUCAAGACGGCAGUGAGCGCGUUUCAGAUCCACUAUCCGUAACAACUUUCCCAGAAAAUACCUUGAAGCCAGUGCCGAUAGUACAGAUAAUGAACGAUGGAAGUGUUUUGGUUUCGUGGACUGCACGGCCUGGUUGCAGUGUGACUUUGACUAAAAUUUUAUUGAAUGAACUUGGCGCUGGAGUGGAGGAAUAUGUUGCAGGUGGUGAGGACAGCGAAUUUGUCAUUCUGGACGCCAAACCAUGUUCGUUUUACCAUGUUCAGUUGAAAAUUGUGUAUGCUUCGGGUUACAUCGAGGAGUCGGUUGUUGUUGCAGCAAAUACGUUUACCACGCAAAUCGCUCCGGUGAUCUUGUCCAGUUAUAUCUCGGACAAUCGUACGCGGAUUCAAUGGGAUUCAUCCAACACUUGCAAUGUGCUGAGCUACCGACUGGACGUGGUUGAUACAAAGACAGGUGAAGUCCAAAUCUACGCGGACACAAAGACCAGUGUCGACGUACCUAUUGAUUCCACGACGACACUGUACCAAGUAACGGUCAGCUCGCUGUCACCCUUUGGACAAAUGCAACUGGCACCAAUGCAACCUAUUUGGCCAGGACGUGUGCCCAAAAAGCCUAGCGCCCCAACUGUUACCGCUGAGGGGAAGUAUGUCAAGGUCCACUGGGAAAAUUUAAAUGUCGACCACAGUAUUCACUUCCACAAAGUAACUGUUUUCCGGCCAGGAAAAUCUGUCAAACACUGGAUUGUACCAACAGAUCAAAAUUUUAUCAUUCUCGAAGAUGUCGCAUCCACUGGGCUUCCUUCAUUCAGUAUUCGUGCAAUAAACCAGUACGGGGAGAGCCAAUCUUCUGAGGUGGUGCGAUUCUGA